CCGCCCUUUAUAUAAUCCAAAGGCCCCACUCAAAAUCAAACUUCCCCGCUUCGCUUCAGAGAGACUCGGAGCUUUUCAAAUCGGCGAUCAUGAAGCCGACGGAUCGGGUUCGGGCAAAGGCCACAAAUUCCGCUGGGGUUUGUAUGAUGCGAAACGCGUGGAAAGAUGAACAGCACCCGUCUUUCAUUAACUUCAUCUCCAAUUUCCUCGCUGCCAAUUCUUUCAAGCUCAACUUUGUUUCAAUUCCACCCGACUUCAUUUUCAACUGUGGGGGUUCAUCAGUGGCAUUCAUCUUUGUCACAAGCUUGGAUUCAACUAAUGUCUCCGAAAUCUUGGCCAGAACUCAAUUACUGAAGAAGCAAUUUGCACAUCUCUAUGUUAUCUGCACUCUCCCAACCAAGGAGCAAAAUGACUUGUUUGUUCGUUCUUACUUCAAAUCCGGAUUGGAGCUUGGUAGGCCGGCAUUUGUUCUGGUUAAAGACUUGGAGAUGGGUUUUGAGAAGAUGCUGAGGAUAGCUUUUGCGCGCGGAGUAUGCAAGCGAGAGGAUGUCACCACAAAAUUGAAGGCUCAGAGAGAACAAUAUGUGCAAAGUGCUGGUGUGUUUCAAAGAGUGAUCACAUCGAUACCAGGAAUUGACAAUCAUGAUGCAAAUGCGCUUAACCAAGCAGUGGGAUCAAUUGAAGCAAUUGCCAAGGAAUCCAAGGAAUAUAUACUGGAAAACACAGACCUUUCAGCUGACAAGGCAGAAAUGGUUACCAGGUUCUUCAGGGAUCAAAAUUUUUAUCUCAGUCCCAAGAUUAAUUGACACCCCUGUUUUAUCUAAUGAGUUCGAUAGAAGCGGAGACUCAUGGGCACAUACUGAACCUUGCUUCUAUUUUGUCGACUAUUAGUCUAUUACUGUGUACAUAUAGUUUCUGGAAUUGGUACAAGGAUGUGGUUAAACAGACCAAGCAGGUUUGAGAA